UUUGGGCUUAAUUUUGCAGUCUGUAAUUCAACAGCAAUGAGUCCUGUCCCACUCAUCUUAUGGAUGGUUGCUGUAGCCCACACUGUUCUUGCAGGACGUGUUUGUCCAAGACCACCUGAAAUACCAUUGGCUACUGUGGACAUAAAGAAGGAAGAAUACAACCUGGGAGAAGAAAUUACAUACAGUUGUAACCCUGGUUAUGUUCCUCAGUCAGGCUCAAGAAGAUUCACAUGCCCUUUGACUGGUAGAUGGCCUAUCGUUACAUUGAGAUGUAUACCAAAGAAAUGUUCCUACCCUGGACCUUUGAAUAAUGGAAAGAUCCAUUAUACACAUCUCAGCUAUCAGAGCCUUGUAAGCUUUUCAUGUGAUGCUGGGUAUAUUCUUCAAGGACAUAAAACCAGCCAAUGCCUGGCAGACGGACAGUGGAGUGAAAAACUACCUGAAUGCCAAUCUGUCAUUUGUCCUCCACCUCCAGUAUCUCCAUUUGGAGCCCUUUUUUACCUUAGACUUAAGCCAGGAAACAUACUAGUCUUCCAAGAUGUAGUCAAGUUUGAGUGUUUAUCACCUCUUGCUCUGUUUGGAAAUGAAACAGCCAAGUGUCUUGCCAAUGGGAGCUGGAGUGCACUACCAGAAUGCCGAUCUGUACAGUGUCCGCAUCCAGUACAAGUAGAAAAUGGAUAUAUAAACUUGGCUGUUCGCAGAACUUAUCAAUAUAAUGAGAAUGUGACAUAUGGUUGUUAUCCUCCAUAUGUGCUCGAUGGACCUGCAGUAUCCAAGUGUGAUAAAACAGGCAACUGGUCAAUAAAACCAACUUGCAGAGCACCAUGUACAAUACCAGUUAAAAGAGCUACAGUAUUAUACAAUGAGCAGAAAGUAAAGCUGCAAGACCAUUUCAGGGAUGGAAUACAACAUGCUGAGACCAUCUGGUUUUUCUGCAAAAAUAAAGAACAUCACUGUAGUUAUACUGUACCUGCUCAAUGUAAAGAUGGCACUCUUUCAGUCCCUCCCUGUUUCAAAGAACGUGGAUGGUUUUCAUCCUUGGUGAAAACAGAUGUAGCAGAUCUGACACCGUGUGAGAGCAUCAAUUGAAGAGAUAACUCCAUGUGUUAAAAAAAUAUGGAUGUGAAUAGAACACCAGAGUUCCUGAUAGACAACACCCACCUGCAAUGCAAGAAUAGCUCUACCAGCAUAUUCUGAACUGCCAUUUUACAGUAGCUUUCAGUCAAAACUGCAUUUAAGCUACAUUAUCUCUUGUUCAUUUUUUCCUCAUAUGUUUAAAGAAACAAAGUUUCAGCCUGCUUACAGGAUAUAAACAUGUAGGAGUUAAUAUACUGUUGAAGUAGUAUUACCAAAGAUGCACGAACUAGCAAUGAUAUAUUGCUCUUUUGAUGUGAUCAGUCUUCUCUUUGUCAAUGUUUAUGCAAAUCAGUUUCAGCUUUGGUGUAACUGCACAAUAUUGUAUUGAGCAUAACAUCAUUUUCUUGGUGAAAAUUUUGUUAAUUUGUAGUAUUUAGAUUCUUGAAUGUAAACUUGCUAAAUGUAAGAGAAUUGAGGUAUCCCGGUUGCCCAUUUCAUUACAUAAAUAAUCUCUACUUUGUAAAGUAGUCUGACAAUACUAAUAGUGAGAAUUGUUUUUGAAAUUAACUAAUGUGACAUUAAUAAAGCAAUUAGGAACAGA